AUGGCGGAAUCGCCUUCUCUGGCGCUGGCGAAGCGGCCUGGGCACGAUGUGUCUCUCAUGCCGCCGCCUCCCUUUAAACGCAUCAAGCGUCCCACCACGGUCCUCGACGAAGAUGAAUACACUGCCGCUCUUUCUAACAUCAUUGCUCGAGAUUAUUUCCCAGGACUCUAUGAGGUCGAAGCACAGCAUGAAUAUCUCGCUGCUCUCGACUCGAACGACGAACAAUGGAUUGCAGAAGCUAGCAGAAAAUUAAGGGAAGCCGCAGCACCUCGUCCCUCAAAGAGAAGGCAAGCCAGAAAUACACGAUUCAGUAAUGCAGAAGAUGCAACACCUCAACGGCCGAUGGGUGGGUGGGCAGCCGAGACGCCCAUAGGAAACACCGGCGAUGAGACUCCGAUGCCAACAACGCCGUCCGUUGCGGAGCAGACCGCAGAGCGGCAGCAACAUAAAGGUUCUGAUACCUCGAUGCUUUCAUUAGGCGCUUUUCAAGCCAAGUAUACGUCGGAGGACAACGAAUCGUUCAAUGCAGUUCUGGACAAACACAAUGAGAAACGCCGGAUCAAGAACGCCCAUCUGUGGACACAAGACCAACGUAUACCCUCUGCCAGACAGAUUGCUCAUCGAGCACGCGAAGCCAAGUUGAUCAAACAAAAGGCAGAAGACGAGGCGGCUGGAAAAUCUCUGGUCCCAAUCACCAGUGGUGCGACGGACUCACGGCCAGCGAAACCCGACACAUGGACCAUCAAACGCCCAGACAACACCUUCAUGUUCAACGCCAGUUCAGUCGACGAGGAUGGCAUACAAACCGUCCAGGAAGUCAAGGAACAGACGUCAAAGGCCGGUCCAAGACAAGUCGUCCACUCAAACACGAGAUUCCCUCCACUGCAAUAUCUAGAAGACCUUGGCACGGUACCUCCCUCACCGUCGCUCAACACAGACAUCAUCGCACGACGAGAUGCCGCAAAAUCACGGCAAGGUCCACCCGAAUUCGACGACUACGACGGGAGCGAAACACCACGAAUCAACGGCUACGCCUUCGUCGACGAAGACGAGCCCGAGAACAGACCCGCACCGGAGGAAAUCAAGCCGAGCUACCGCGACCUUUUGGCCGGGCAGGCCGGCGACGGAACACUGAAUCCAUUCAAAAUCAACGACAUCCGCAAACGCGAAGACCUGCACCUACGCAUGGUGGAGAAGCAGGCGAAGAAGUAUCGCGACAAAGAGCGCGACACGAUGAAAACGCCGUCGUCGUCGUCGAUUCUCGGGGCCGCGUCUACCCCGGGCUAUCUGAAGACGCCGUCGGCAGGUGCAGCGGCGGGCAACAUGACGCCGGCCGCGAGACGGCUGAUGGAGAGGCUGGGCGGGAAAACGCCGUUGCGCAGCCACGGGACCGGGAGUGAUCGUCUGGAUGCUAGCGAUAUGUGGACUCCGGGCCGGACGCCGCGGAGGAGGCAUGCUGCCAAUUAG